AUGGUAUUUUGGGAAGGGUACAUGAGUGAUGAAUCGAUGGGAAUAUUUGCACCAAUCGUGGUGUACUGGUUGUACGCCGGUUUUUAUCAGGCACUGCCUCCUCUAGAGAAGUAUCGCCUACACUCGAAGAAUGAGGAAGAUGAGAAGAACUUGGUCUCUUUGGCCUCCGUUGUUAAGGGUGUUCUUCUUCAACAGAUUGUUCAAGCAGUUGUUGCUUAUUUGCUCUUUCUGGCAACACCAAAUAAUUCAGCUCAAGAAGAAACUCAAUCAUCGGUCCUUGAACAAAUGGUUCGGUUUUGCGUAGCAAUGGUGGUGUUGGACGCUUGGCAAUAUUUUGUACACCGAUUUGUGAUGCACCAUAACAAGUUCAUGUAUCGUUAUGUCCAUUCUCAACACCAUAGGUUAAUUGUACCUUAUGCAAUUGGUGCCCUUUAUAGCCACCCUUUGGAAGGACUUCUAGACACAAUUUCUGGAGCUAUUGCUUUCCUUGUUUCAGGAAUGAAUGCUCGAACUUCUGUUUAUUUCUUUUGUUUUUCUAUGAUGAAGACAAUUGAUGAUCAUUGUGGAUUAUGGUUGCCUGCUAAUAUCUUCCACCUCUUUUUCGAGAACAAUAGUGCUUAUCACGAUAUUCAUCAUCAAAUCCAUGGAUUUAAAUACAACUAUGCUUCUAUGUUUUUCCCUUUUUGGGAUAAACUUCUUGGAACCCACAUGCCUUAUAGUCUUGUAAAGCGACCACGAGGAGGUUUUGAGGCUAAACCACUACUCAAAAAACAUUAA